GUCAUGACAAAUGUUUGCGAUUAUUGCGAACCCGAAUGGAUGGACGCGGAAGACCCGCUGUUCAUAAUGUAUACCAGUGGAAGUACGGGAAAACCUAAAGGCAUUGUCCACACAAUCGGCGGUUAUCUCCUCUACUCUUACAUAACAUUCAAAUAUGUAUUCAAUUACACCGACGGAGACGUGUUUUUCUCGACCGCAGACUUGGGAUGGAUGGCCGCGCAUACGUUCACUGUUUACGGAUCGCUGGCCAACGGGUGUUCAAUAGUGCUCUUUGAAGGCACUCCCACUCACCCAAACCCGGGCCAUAUUUGGCAUAUAAUAGACAAAUGGAGAGUCAAUAUCUUCAAUACUGCGCCCACUCUUAUCCGAUCACUCAUGAAGUUUGGCGACCAUUACGUCAAACAAUACUCUCGACAAACACUGAAAGUGUUGGGAACGGCGGGCGAACCCAUCAAUCCUGAGGCGUGGCUCUGGUUCUGGGAAGUGGUCGGCGAUCGUCGGUGUCCUGUAGUCGACAACUACUGGCAAACAGAGACCGGCGGACCAAUGCUCACGUGUCUACCGGGCGCCACACCCAUAAAGCCCGGAUCAGUUGCACUGCCCUUCUUUGGUGUUAUUCCUGCAAUACUUGACUCCGAGGGCAGAGAACUGGAGGGCCCGGCUGUGGGACAGUUGGUUAUGAAGAAGCCGUGGCCGGGAAUCGCGCGAACCAUUGAUGGCAAACACCAAUUGUAUGAAAUGACUUACUUUCAAAAGUUUAGGGGCUAUUACUGUACCGGCGAUGGCGUCCAACGCGACGCCGACGGCUACUAUUGGAUGACCGGUCGGAAUGACGACACUCUCAAUGUUUCCGGACAUCUGUUGUCUACAGUAGAGGUCGAGACGGCUGUUGUCGAGCACAGAGCCGUCGCAGAGGCGGCAGCCGUUUCGGCCCCGCAUCCCAUCAAAGGCCAGUGCAUUCACGUGUUUGUUGUCCUCAAUAAUGGCUUUGAAAUGACCGCCGAUUUAGAGAUGGAUAUCAAACGCAGAGUUCGUAACAAAAUCGGAGCUCUGGCCGUUCCGGACGUGAUUUAUGCGAUCAGUGCUCUCCCGAAGACUAAAUCGGGUAAAAUUAUGCGAAGGAUAUUGACUAAAGUGGCCCAAAAUGACCACAAAUUUGGCGACACGUCCACAAUGGCCGACGAGUCUGUACUCCAGGAACUGUUGACUACCCGUUGUAUCUCGUAUUAA